AUGGCCCACUUGCCCUCUGAGACCAAGUCUCCGGGGAUGCUUGACGAUGCCUGUCUUGAGCCACCCACCAUGCUGGUAAAGGCAGAAGUAAGGUCUUCCCCUCCACUUGGUGUCUUUGGUUACGGGACGUCAUCUGUAAGGCUCAAUGCUUGGUUGGCUUUGCCCACACCCACUCAUCAGUUUGCCUUAAACUUGGAGCUAUUGGAAGUCUUGGGUCUUCCAGUUUACCCUAACAGGAACCAGAGAGGGCCUACUCUUGCGAGCCAGUGGAAGACCUCAGAUACCUGUUCAAGAGAACAGAAAACCAGUUAUGCUUCCAAUGCUUCUACACCUCUAAUGGUUCUCUUGGCUGUGGUGAGCCUCUUUGGAGCAAUCCCUGGCCACCGGAUGGUAACAUCAUCACAGCGUUUUGGAACCUGGACCCAAACUGCCUUCCCACAAACACCUCCACUCUGUGUGCUGAGAAUGAAGCCCAGGUGCCAUGGACUAAAAAUUGGACUUCACAGAAGCUGUAGGUUACAACAGUUCCACAUCAAAAUGAUGGCUAUGCAAGGAUUCCAGGCCAUACUGCCCUUCAACUUAAGACAAGCUAUCCUGCCCCAGGGACCCCUAGACCAGGCAUCCAGAGAUUUCUACUCCCUGACCAGCAGGGUUGAUGCCAUUACCCAGCUCUGAAGCAGUUACAGAAGGACCGUGACCCUUCUGCUUCCCAGAAGACUAUGCGAGAAAAGUCUCUGAGGGGGAAAUGAGACUGGAGGGAAGGGGGCAGGGCGCAACCACUAAAUAAAUGAAGAGGGGGCACAGCUGGGAUGCAAGAAUGACCGACAGGAACCAGCUGAAACCAAGAUGGCUUUGAGAACAGCCCAGUCAUUGACCUUUAGCUCAUUAUACUUUCCUUGUAACGGGGCUUCCCAGGUGGCUCUAGUGGUAAAUAAUCUGUCUGCAAUGCAGGAGACACAGGCUCAGUUCCUGGGUUGAGAACAACCCCCAAAGGAGGAAAUGGCAACCCGCUCCAGUAUUCUUGCCUGGAAAAUUCCUUCAAUAUAGGAGCCUGGCAGGCUACAGUUCAUGUGGUCGCAAAGAGUCAGACUUGACUGAGCACACGCACACCUUCAUUGUAACACUUAAAAUCACGCCCCCUCACACGAUGACAGUACCAAGACAACCAUAAAAGGCCAAAAAGUGGGCAGAGGCCCAAUUCCUGCCAAGACCCCACUCUUCCCUGAAACAGCAAGAACAUUGCUCGCACUGGGUAGCGUAUAAAAUGAUUCAGUCCAAAGAAACCAAUGACCCCACACCCCAGAGCCGCUCUCACUUUCUGAGACAGUCUGCACUCUGCCUGUGGAAUACAUAUCCCUCUAAAUAA